CCAUAACAAUAACCAUUUGCAGCUGCAAUUGAUCACCGUUAGCUUUAUGCUUAAUGGGCUUCCCGCAUUCUCGUAACGGCCAGGGAAUGCAUUCGGCACUUCGAUCUGGGUGAAUGCGCGUACGAGGCAGCACAGGCAAUGCCUUCACGACUAGUCACUCGCCAUGUUUAUGCCAUUAAACAUUGCUGUCUAGCUAAACCACUGGUCCGGGAAUCGUCAAGCCAUGUCUCAACUGACGAUGGAAGGUUAUCGAUUUUGGGCGCUACGGGCCCCUCCGGACUGGAACUUAUACAAGAAGCGUUAUUACAGGGAUACGCGGUCCAGGCGCUCGCCAGAUCCCCGGACAAGAUAGCCCUCGCUAACGACAAACUCACGGUGGAGAGAGUAAACAUCUUCAAACCUGAUGACUUGGCAAAACGUCUGCGUGGUUCUUCGGCUGUUCUGUCGUGUCUAGGAGCCCGGGCAAGUCUAUUCUCCCACCAACCGUGCACGCUGUACUCACACUCCAUGAAAACUGUCGCCGCCGCCAUGACAGCUGCCGGGGUACAUCGCUUCGUCUGUGUAGAUUCGUGGUGCACAACAUAUACCCCCGGCAGCCCAAAGGUGAUAGAAUGGUUCUCCCGGCCGCUGUUCCUCGGGAACGUCCUGUCCGACAUGGCUGCCAUGGAAGACUACGCGCGACAUCACUGCAGCAACAUCAACUACACCUUCGUUAGAGCCCCAGGGCUUUCCACUGGACCAUCCACAGGUAAGCGGGUCAAGGCGACGGAGGGGCAGUAUAUCAAGGGCGUCGCGCUCAGUAUGCCAAGGAGAGACGUUGUCAAGUUUAUGUUGUCCACCUUGAAAACUCAGGAAUGGGACAGAAAGUGUGUUGCCAUUGGCAUUUAACUGCCCACACUUCGCUCAUUUUCUCGGAACACUGUAACCCUGUCAAUCUGGACCCCGUUAAACCGGACAUCCGAUUUCCGAAAGAUGUCUGUACUGAACAGCUACAAAGAAGAUGAUUCCAUUAUUAUUUUUUUAUCAGGUAAUUUUAAACCUGCACAAUAUCAAUGUCCGGAUUAACGGUAUUUCAAUGUACUGAUCUGCCCUGAAAGUCGUUAACAGUACCACGAUACUCAUUCUCAGUAGAGACAUUUUAUAUUCCCCGAUCUACCUGUGUUGUUGAAUCUAGAGCUGAGCUGGCUUUAAUGGUUUGAUAUAUUGUCAUAAUUGACUCAGAAUUUGUAAGGUUACGUAUGUAACUGUUUUUCUUUCUAAUCACUUUUAUGAAAAAUCGAUUAGGUAAGCAAGAUUUCCCAAACGUUUUCAAACUGAGUUUACACUUACUAAACAGAAACAUUGAUGAUCGGUAGAGAUAAUGUCAUAUGUCCUUGAUCAUUACGGGUUUCUUCAGAAUGUGCAAAUUCCGGACUUGAAAUAACUCGAAAAAGGUCGAACCAAAUUAAAAAAAUGUGGCCUAAACCUAUAUUUGUCAAAAUUAUUGCAAACCAUUUGAGGUUAUUAAAAUCAACCAUUAGCAGACAAGGCCAUGACGCCAAGGAUCAGGCGUUUGAGCUGUUUUGCUUGGAUCUUUCUGAAAACGUCACAUUUAACUCUUAUUACGUUUGUGUUUGUUAGUCUCAGAUAACUUAUAUUUGUCAAAAUUAUUGCAAACCAUUUAAGGUUAUUAAAAUCAACCAUUAGCGGACAAGGCCAUGACGCUGAGGAUAAGGCGUUUGAGCUGUAUUGCUUGGAUCUUUCUGAAAACGUCAUAUGUAGCCCUUAUUACGUUUGUGUUUGUUAGUCUCAGAUAAAGCUGCGCCGAGACGUCGGGUCGCAGAUACACAGCUACGAAUUCCCCCUAUUGUAAGUAUUACGCUGCCAAAGAAUCCGGGGCUCGGGUGGCCCAUUCGUGUAUGGCGCCGCAGUUCACUGAGGCAGAAAUCUGUGCUCGUAGGUUCGACUCCAACAUUCCCCCUGAUUAUGUUUCAAGGUUUUCACAACCAUGCCGUGCUCGUGGUAAACGUCUAAGACAUUCGGCUUUCCUCCCGACACGCUGUGAAAAACCAACAUGCUGUUCAAUGCGGCAUAAAAUCCAUCAAAAGCGUCCACUAACCUUUUUAUCAAAGUAUUGUUUCACCCUUGCCACAUCAAGCCCACUUUACUGUGCUAAAUAUGUUUUUGUGUCAGGGAUGAAAUUGCGAAUGAUUUUGUAAUCUGAUCGACUAGAUUGUCGCCUAUUGUAGUCGCCAUUUCUAUGAAGCUGUACGAGAUAAGUACAGCGAUCUGAUUGGAUAUCGCGUUUCAUUACAAGGGGCACAACUCGUGAGUUACGCGAGGGGGCGCCAGGGUCGACCCAAGAUGUGGACAUCGGAUAGUGGACACGCUUGCCUCGGGAAGAAGCGUAACACCUGCCCACUCUCGUUGAUUCCGAUGCUGAUAUUGAACAUCAGCGAGAAACUUCUGAACAAUUCGCUUGUUAUUUGAUGAGUAUUUUGUUUAAUGUUACACGUGUUAGGACCGGCAAGUGCUCUGAAGGCAGUUAACUCGUAGUUGCUUUAGAAAAAAAGUUUUUAAAAAACGAUACCGACGUCAAAGAAAUUUAUUUACUUGGAAGUUGUACUUUUGCUUCUCCUUUUUUCACCCAUGGGGAGGCUAGUGUUCUUAUUCAACGUGAUCUAUCGACUCUGUAAUGUGUUAGUCUCAGAGUUGGAAAGGUUCAAGCAGACUUUAAUCAGGAACAGUAUGACGUUUUAGUGGUGCUGCAUUAUGUAUUGUGUAAGUGGUGCAUGUGUCUAUGACCUUUCCUGCAAUGUUAAUUUAGGACAAAUAACAUGUAGUUUGUCUACCUUCAUUGCAUGUACCGUCCCUCGGAGAUUCAGGGUAAGAAUUGGUCUUCAGCAUCCCAUGCUUGUCGUAAGAGGCGACUAACGGGAUCGUGUG